GCCGAAGGCCAAGGUUACCGCGUGGUGUCUUCUACAUUCGCGACUCCGGUAUCGUUACUACUUCUCCCAUCACCGACAAUCAAUAACCUCUGGUCUCCUAUUUCCUUCAUCAUCACUGGUUACUACUUCUCUCGUCACCGACAACCUAUAACCUCUGGUCUCUUCUCCAUCAUCACCUGUGUGGAAUCUCAGUGUGCCAGAAUGUUGUGUGCCCUCCUCGCGAUGGCACUGUUAGCUCGGUGGGGCGGCAGCGUGGAGGCGGCGACCAGCGACCUGACUUCGGCCGGCGUAAGCCUGGCGGAGUGCGAACCCGACAUGUUGGGCUUCGAGCUGGUCACCGGCUACGUGUUCACGGCGCCGGACGACCAGAUUCGGUCGUUACCCGGCACGCUCAUGCUCACCGACUGCCUGGACGCCUGCCAGGCCAACGACUCCUGUCACUCCGUGAACUUCGAGACCGGCCUAUGCACGCUGUUCGCAUCUAACGGAGACAACUAUCCAGAGGCGCUGACCAGAUCUCACUUCCCAGUGUUCACGACGUACGCGCAGAAGAUCUGCCUGGGCGUGAAGCCGUGCGAGCGUGCCUGGUGCUUCGACCGCGUACAGGGUCACCGUCUCAGUGGAUACACCAAGAAGCAGAGCGCCGCCUCCACGCGACAGGACUGUCUCGAACUGUGUCUCGGCGAGCGGGACUUCCCUUGUCGGUGAGUAACUGCUAAAUCUAGU